AUGCGCUGUGUUCGCUCCAUCGGAAGGACUGCCAGCGCUCUAGCUCGGAGUGGGAAAACAACCUUUUCCAGCACAUGGACGUCUUGCUCCAAGGUAGCCUCCAUCGGAGGCUGCAAGAUCUCGACAAGUGUGCCACGCGCGGUGCACGGCGUGGACUGUUUCGGGCGCUUUGCUGCCGUACCGGCGUCACUGACAAGCCUACUGAUUGGGUACGGCGCGCGGACGUUGGCGACCAAGGCAGGGUCUACGACGGCCUCGUCGGCGAGUGCAACAGAGGUCGCUUCAGCGGGAACGGGGAAAGCGAGCUCAGCCAGUGCUGAACACAGCGCCACGAGCAAACGCCCGGGCUCGCCUGCCACAGCGGUAUCGCGCGGUCGCGUGUUGCAAGUGAUCGGUGCCGUAGUGGAUGUCCAGUUUGAUGGGACUUUGCCGAAAAUUUUGGAUGCGCUUGAAGUUGAAGGAACAGAACACAGGCUCGUGCUGGAGGUUGCGCAACACAUCGGCGAGAAUACGGUGCGCUGCAUUGCAAUGGACGCUACCGAAGGACUCGUGCGAGGCCAGGUCGUGAUCGCCACUGGGCAGCCUAUUAUGGUACCCGUGGGACCCGCCACCCUCGGCCGCAUCAUGAACGUGAUUGGCGAACCGAUCGACGAGCGCGGUCCCAUUGAGACGGAGCACUACUACCCCAUUCACCGGCCGGCGCCGGCUUUUGUGGACCAGAAAACGAGUGCAUCUGUACUGGUGACCGGUAUCAAAGUCAUCGAUCUGUUAGCGCCGUAUGCGCUCGGUGGCAAGAUUGGUUUAUUCGGUGGUGCCGGUGUCGGCAAGACUGUCUACCUCAUGGAGUUGAUCAAUAAUAUUGCGAAAAAACACGGUGGUUAUUCGGUUUUCUGCGGCGUCGGAGAACGUACUCGGGAAGGCAAUGAUCUGUACCAUGAAAUGAUCACCGCCGGUGUGAUCAAGUUGGGUGGCGACAGCAAAGCCUCGCUUGUCUACGGCCAGAUGAACGAGCCGCCGGGUGCCCGCGCGCGUGUCGCGUUAACCGGCCUGGCGGUCGCGGAGUACUUCCGGGACGAGCAAGGUCUCGACGUGCUCCUCUUUAUCGAUAACAUCUUUCGGUUCACGCAGGCGGGUGCCGAGGUGUCGGCGCUGCUAGGUCGUAUUCCUUCGGCGGUGGGUUACCAACCGACGCUCGCUACCGACUUGGGUGGUCUCCAGGAACGCAUCACAACCACAAAGAAAGGAUCUGUUACAUCCGUACAGGCUAUCUAUGUGCCAGCAGAUGACUUGACGGAUCCCGCGCCAGCGACGACCUUUUCGCAUUUGGAUGCAACGACGGUGCUGUCGCGUUCGAUAGCAGAGCGCGGCAUAUAUCCGGCGGUGGACCCCUUGGACUCCACCAGCAGAAUGCUUGAUCCGAGUAUUGUCGGCGAGGAGCAGUACGCUGUUGCGCAGCGCGUGCAGCAGACGUUGCAAGCAUACAAGAGCUUGCAGGAUAUUAUCGCUAUUCUGGGCAUGGAUGAACUGAGCGAAGCCGACAAGUUGGUAGUGGCGCGGGCGCGCAAAAUCGAACGUUUCCUCAGCCAGCCGUUCUCGGUCGCAGAGGUUUUCACCGGCUACGAAGGUCGCUAUGUGGAGCUCCAGGACACGAUCCGCGGUUUCAAGGGCAUUCUUGAUGGAGAGUACGAUGACCUACCAGAGAAAGCAUUUUACAUGGUUGGUGGUAUCGAUGAAGCCAUACGUAACGCAAACCGAAUGGCAGCUGAGGCUGCAGCAACCGCUUCCGCGUAA